AUGGAAGCAAAGACGUUGAAGAAUUGGGUUAUUGUUGUGAUAGCAAUGAGCUAUGCAUCUAUUCUCCACCUCAGAAUUCCUUCUAGCUUUCGAAUUAUUCUCCGCGGGAAAGAUGUUGAACACCAUAAUAUAGUGAAUGACAUGAUAAUGCCCCAGGAGGUUACUUAUCAUCCGCAGCCAGGAACUGAUGGGGUCCCAAAAGAUGCUAAUAUGGUUGCUUCUGUCACUAUUGGGUGUGUAAAGGAUGCAAAAGCACAUAUUGAUGUUCAAGGUGUGCUGGAAGCCAAUUUUGUUGAACCAGCUCAUGAAAAGCAAGGGUUCGAGCGUUCUACAGUUCUUGCAAGAUUGGAGGCACAAUUGAUACAGAUGCAAAAGACAUUGAAUGAUACUUCAUCAAGUAGCAAGAUGCCAACCAUGUCGGUGGAUAAGGGUCAUAAUAAAUGUCACAUGUACGGAAAGGAAGACAUGAAGAAAAAAGCAUCUAGAAAGCGACCAAGUUCUUCUGGAUCAUCAUCUUCUGGUGAGGAUGUCACAUAUCAGUUGCAAUGA